ACUCAGAAAAUGGGAUUUAAUAAAAUCAUCCUCCGAUUUAAGACAAGUAAGUGGACAUAACCGGCGCUGACAUUCCGCUGUGUACUUCCCGGCUUGACUUGGCUUCUUCUCAACCUGAAGUUCUUAGUCUGAAAGCUCCAACCGUCGAAGACCUUCAACCUCUCGAAACUCCUCUCAGCAAUGCCUACUCAAGUCGUCGUCAACCUCUUUGCCGGCCUGCAGCCGCUUUGUCUACAGCUUUCUGAUGACUCCGGUGCCGGGUCCGUCAAUCAGAGGAAGCAGCUUACUGUGGAAGAUCUGAAGAACCAGAUCUCAUCUGUGCUUCCGUUACAUCCCACCGACCAGCUCUUAACAACCGAAGGUGGUCGCCCCGUCUCUGAUGAGUUGCCUCUAUUCCCUCACAACGACCUCGAGGAUGGAAAUGACUGCGCCGAGGCGGGACGGUUUCCACUAGUUUUCAACCUGCUGGUCAGGGUUCCCGGCGGGAAAGGAGGAUUCGGGAGCAUGUUGAGAGCACAGGGUGGAAAAAUGGCGUCGCAAAAGACGACGAAUUUUGAAGCGUGUAGGGAUCUGUCGGGAAGGCGGCUCAAGACCAUGAAUGAUGCCAAAAAACUUGCAGACUAUCUUGAAAAAGAACCUGAACGCAAACGAAAACGGCAAGAGGAGUUGAUCCAAAAGCUGGAGAAGGACCUGCAGGAGCCUGAGAAGCGAAAGAUUCGGUUCCACGAUCCAGAUUUUGUUAAAAACCAUGAGGAAGUGAUGGAUGAUAUCCAGGACGCCGUCGUGAAAGCGCUGAAAAAUGCUCCGGUGGGCGCGGCCCUGAAGGUCAAGAAUGUGGAGAAGGUGACGGUCAAGCCGGCGGCGGACCUAUCACAGUGGGAUGACCUAUCCGGACCUGAAGAUUCGGACGAUAGUAGUGAGGAGGAGGAGGAGGAUGAUGAGGAGGUCAUCAAACCUGCAGCGGAAACAAAUACGAAGGGAGCCAAGUGGGUCGAGGUGGAAUCAGACAGCUCCUGCGAAGAGAACAAAAUCAGCGCUGAACAGGUCAUCGAAAAGGCGAAGGCAACGGUGUAACCGGAGGGCUAGAUGGAGCGCAUCACAUUUUUGGAAUUUGAAGAAGUUUUUCAUGUA